CCCAAGUCCUGGACUUCCCUGAAAGAAAGAUAUUAAGACAGAAUUUUGUGAGGGAUUUUGGCUGCAAUGCUUGCGUCCCAGUAAAUUUUCUUGCAAACAAUGAAGAAAUCGCUGCUGGCCACAGUAGGGGACGCUUUAUAAGUUGUCGGGCGUACAAAUGGCCAGUGAGGUCUAUACCUCCAAAAUUAAAGACAUUGAUAUAUGAAGCGUGUGAGAUACCAGAUGAAUUUGUCGACACUGGGGAUGACAAUAAUGAUGUCACAUCAGAAGUAACUGAGCAAGUCAUGCAUUUCCUCGAAAGAGAAGGGGUCCAAUGGGUGAGAACCUGGAUUGAAAGAUACCAGCCACUAUCUUCUUGGUCCGGUGAUCAUGUCAAAGAUUUGAGAAGGAAGCAACGGGGAUCAAAAAGAAAACAGGUUGCUCAACCACAAGCAUGUGUUGAUUUUGCUAGUGGGAGUGGACUACAGUCAAGGUGUGUCGAUGAAACAGUUAUAGAGCCGGAGGAUGGAAACAAAGAAGCUAGUGGGAGUGGACUUCAGUCAAGGUGUGUCGAGGAAACAGUUAUAGAGCCGGAGGAUGGAAACAAAGAAGAUGUGGCCACAAUGGCCAUGGCGAUAAUUGUGAGUGAGCAACCUGUAACAAAUGAAGAUGUUAAUCCAUAUAUGGCCAAGAUUUGCCAAGAUGCAACAGUAACUGAUUCACGGACACCAGUUGGUCUGGGAAUAUUCUCAAAUACAAGGGCAGCAAAGCCAAUCCAGGAGAACAAGGACAGACUCUGGAUUAGUAAAAGUGAUGGUGACAAGCGUAAAGAUAUCAUCAAUUGGGUAGCCGGACCCAUCAGGCUUCCGGAUAAUAGAAAGCUGGAAGUAGCAGACUUGUUAGCAUUCCGAAAGAUCUCACCCAGAAUAACAUCGGUUUUCAAGCUGAAAAAUUUCAGAACUUUAUUUACGAAAGCAGCAUGGGACAGGGUUGCAGAGUUCUCAAAACAAAUUAGUGAUGGUAACAACUGGUAUUGCGGCAAAUGUAAUAAAAAUGUCAGUAAGGGUCCGAGCAUACAUUGUGAUGGGUGCCUAUUGUGGCUCCAUAACAAAUGCGCCAAUAUUACAAAAAAAUCGAACGUGGGAAAGUACUUCAUUUGUGAGAAAUGUUUACAAAAUUAAAGUACACAAUGAAAAUAAACUUGUCCAGUAACUUUGAAGUACUUACCCAAUUUAGAUUAGAAGGUGUCCACUGGCGAUCAUGUUUUACAACAAACUAACUACAGGAGCUAUACAUAUCAGUCUCCUCAUUAUUUCCUGAAAAAUUGAAAACAAUUGGAUUAGUAUUUUCCAAGAUAUUGUGAUUUCUUUGGGUUGCUUUUUUUGGAACACCCUGUAUAUUAUUGUAAUGAUUUGACUUGUGCUGCCCCCUUUAAAUGAUGACAAACG